ACAAAUGGUCACGUGAUUCACGCGGCUUAUUGGUGUCCAUAAAUUCCACUCGUCCACCCGCUGGAAAUACACAUAGUCGCCCAAGCCAACAAGAACCGAAGUCUCUCAUUCUCUGCUUUAUUCACUGAAGAAGUCAUGGCCCCUUUCAAACUCCAUGGAAGCGUUUUAUCAACCAACACACAGCGAGUUCUUGCAACCCUUUACGAGAAAGAGGUAGAAUUUGAGCUUGUUAACGUCAAUUUGGGAGCUGGGGAACACAAGCAAGAGCCCCAUAUUUCCCUCAAUGUAAGUGCUUUACUAAUAUUGAAAGAAAAGAAUCUGCACCACCUCCCUAACAUCCAGGCCUUGUUGGGGACUCCAUCCAAGAAAUUGUUCGAUUCUCGCCCCCGUGUUAGCGCAUGGGUUGCCAGUAUCACUGGAAGGCCAGCUUGGAGCAAGGUGCUCGCCUUGCUUCCGAAGUAAAUUAGAAAGUAACUAUGCAGGGUGUCUUGUCCUGAAUAAAUAAAUAAAAAAAAGAUGAGUGUGGUGUUUAGUCAUCAAUAUAUAUUAUUUCUGUUUACAGAAACAGCUAGACCGAAAGGUCCUCUGUUUGCUUCUCGAGUUCAUAUGUAUUUUGAUUUUGUGUAUGGUGUUUAGUCAUCAGUCUUCUAUGCGAAGGAUUGUUAAACUUGGAAUAAUGGUUAAACUUGGAAUAAAGUUUGUCUUUUUUUGUGUUGUUCGUGGCAUUUCCUGCAUUGGUUGUAAAGUGGGACAUUGAUGAGCCUUCAAAUUUCAGUUCAGAUUUUAUGGACCAA